GAACAUUAUCGAAUAGGUAGUUCAAUUCCAGUCAACACACGAGCAACGACCGACGGUUAUUCGCCUAUAUAGUCUUUUAACGUUUACGUAAAUUGGUAUAAUAUCUAAAAUUUACAAUAAUAUUGUACAAAUAUUCAAUUUAUUUUUAGUUAAAAGUAAAUCCGUAAAAAAAAAUAUAUUAAAAUAAUGCCGGACACUGUGGUUACCGUUCAAAAUCCCGAAUCCAAACCUGGAAAACCUGGAGUCGAAAAUGGAAACAUAAACAACAUUUUUUCUUGGGUAGAAAUCAACUACAAUUAUUUCAAAACCUUGCCAGGGGUAUUGAAGUUAGCACAGUUGAUACUCGGCAUAAUAUGUUUGGCACUUGCUUCACCGGCUAGAUUACCGGGCACCAAUUGGUUCCUGUUCGUGGUCAUCAUCAGUUUUAUAGCGACAGCCAUCUGGUCGUUUGUCUAUUUGCUCUCCAUCCGGGAGGCUAUCAAUUUCCCCAUAAAUUGGGUGCUCACGGAAUUCUGCAACACGCUCCUGAUAACUGUCCUGUACACGGUGGCGUUCAUCGUACAACUUUCAGCGUGGUCCAGACCAUACCAAUCGUACUACAAAAACCCAAACAUAGCGGCAGGGGUGUUCGGAAUUAUCAAUGCUGCUGUAUACGGAACUGGAGUGUACCUGAUAUUUAACGACUGGAAAAAAUCAAGAACUGGUACAAGUGUUCAACAGCAAUAAGAUUCGGGAGGACAGAAAAAACGCCUGCUACCCAUAUUUUUCCCCAGACGUCGUAUGAUGUUAUACAUCAUACUAAUUAUUAAUAUUAUAUUAAAUAGUACCUAACUGUUUCAAGUAUUCGUGUAUAAGUUAUAAUAAUGGUAGUAUAUAAUUUUAGACGAAAUAGUAAAUAAAUAUUAUACAAUAUUCAUUAAAACUAUUGGUAAGCCAAUACAAUAUUUAACAUUUUUUUUCAUAAAGUAUCAAAAUAUGGGUUCCUAUUGCGGGAUAUAAAAAACUGAUCAUAGCUAGGUGCAAAAGGUAUCAUAAAAUGCACACUAGAUUUUACCUAUUAUUACGUUAUGAUAUAAGCACAAGAAUAUAAUUUUUAACAUUAACUCGACCGUGUUUUCAAACGAUCUUUUUGCACCUCUUGGCUUUUCGACUUUUUUGAUAGGUUUUCAUGGAUUUUCAUACAUGCACUUCUUAAACACCUAUAUUUAUAUAUAGUAUUAGGCUGGCUUAUACGUUCACAACAGAUAUUAAAAACUGAACUAUUUAUAGAUAUAUAUAUUAUAUACCUACUUUAUAUUUUAAAUAUACUUAUCCUAACUAUAAACUGAACGGUGAUAUAGGUAAUUGCAAGUAUUAUACUGAAACAAAGUAAACAUUUCCAUUUCACUAUAAACCCAAAACUUAAAUUGAUAUGUAAAUUAUAUAUAUUAUAAACGAUUACCUAUUAAUAAUAUGUUUAACCACACAUGUAAGUUCAAUUGAAAUGAAAAAAAAAUAUCAAAAUGUUAGUACAUUUCAUAUUGUGUAAGGUUUGAAAAACGAAUGGGAAUUACAUUUUUAAGAAGGAAUAGAAAGCAUUCUACCAUCGUAAUAUAUUAUUAAGUUUUUAAUAAAUAGUAAGACGUAAUCAAUAAUAUCAAAUAUUUAAUGAAUUUAUGUUACAGUUGUUUCAUUAAGCUUAUAAUGUGAAUAUAUUAUAUUGUAUUUUUGUAAUAACAUAUUUACAUUCAGUUAUCCCUAUUAGUUUUAUAUAGAAUUUGGAACAAAUACAUUUUAAUAAAAAAUGAACAGAUUAUAAGUUGUAUUAAUUACCGGACGAUAAUUAAAUUAUUUGUAAAUAUAUAUUUAUUUAAUAUUUUUGUUAAUCAUAAUGAUGUAUAAUUAUGUGCUUAAGUGCUUAUUUUACUACAUACAAUUAUCGUAUAUUUAAGACUAUAUCAAACUAUGAUUUUUUUUUUAAAUACCUAUAAAUAUUUGUUAUUUAAGUUUAUAUUAUAUUAUAUACCUAAAGUGAAUUGAAAUAUUUUUAAUUUAAUUUUUUUUGUAUUUAAUUUUAUUAAAACGAUAUACCUACAUAUAUAUUAAUGUCACA